GAACGCGCUUUCUGAAUUAUCUAUGUGAUGCAAGUCGUGCACAUGACGCGUUUUUUUUCAAACACAAAGACAACGGUAAUUACGUCACAGCCCCUCUGCUGCUUUUUUCCUUUCUAUUUUUUUUUCUAUUUAUUUAUUUUACCCAGUUUUUCUUUAAGCGUAGCUGGCUUGUCUGUCCGUCUUGGACGCACCAGUGAGCGCGGCUCGUCAAACCGUAGGACACGUUGAGCAGCCAGACGAGGAGGAGGAGGAGGAGAAUAAGAGGAGGCGACGGGGCUCUUGGUGGGAUGAGAACAUCCUCAUUCAUCCGUUUUUUCAAGCUGGAAUAACAUCUGAGACUCGGCCGUUUGACGGGAACCUGCUGUUUGAACUCACGAGACGUUAUAUAAGGCGAAUAACGGACCCCGAUGAGAGCGCGCGUGAGUGUGACAGCGCAGCAGGGUUUGCCACCAUCACCGGAGAAGCGACAGAAGCUUUGGACCUCUUUUUUCACCCCCCUCCCUCUAUGUUUGUGCGCUCAAAGGCGAUAAAUGCUAAUUCAUUCAAGUUGCUAGCUAGCUUGGAAGCCCCUGCCAAUGCUGCUCUAUUCACUGCGGUGUGCGUUGCGGUUUCACUUAGCUAGGCGGCUAACCGGGGCGCAGAUGAGCUGAGUGCGUAGCGGAAUGAUUAACAGAAGAAACCUCCUCCAGACUGCCGCUGAUGGCUCAGAUUAAUUGUCUAUACUGGCUUCGUAAUUUUUCUGCGUGAUUCUCAAAUCCAGCCGCGCAGUCCGCCGUGUCUGCUCUCAUACCUGGCGGGGCCCUGGUAUCAUUCAUAAAACUGUCCUGGACGCAAAAGAAUGGGCCCCGGUCUUAAAUUGGAAAACAAAGAAUUAGGCUACUGAAGAGGUUAAGCUGGUUAGAGAGGCUUGCUCUGGCUUCUUUUUUUAAAUACAGCUAGCAAGCUGUUUAAGCAGUCAGUCGCCGAGUCUGGACCGUACUGCUCGCUCGUGUCUUUGCCCAUAUUUUUCUUGCGUGCUGGUUUUUGCGACUCACCACAAUGGGUAGUCUUGCCGGGAGCGCCGGGACGGUUGAAGUGGAGCCCAUGCCGGGGUACAUAGAGUUCAUCACCAGAUCCACCGUCGUCAUGCUGGACGCAUGGAGAGACUGUAGCAGCUGCGGUCUGGAGCUCAGCAAACGGACUUUCCUGGAUAACGCAUACAUUACCUGGACCGAAAUCGCCCUGUUUUUCUUUUGCGCCUAUUUGUGGACGAAGGUCAGGAGGGGACUGACAGAAAGUCUGUUUAAGCCUCUCGGAGAGUGGUGUAGGCUGCUGCCCAAAGAUGCUGCCAAGAUGCCAGAGAGCGGGUGGAAGCUGGUCUUCUACACCAUGUCCUGGUCCUACAGCACCUACCUGCUCUUCUUCACCUCCUACUCCUAUUUCCAUGACCCGCCCUCUGUCUUCUACGACUGGAAGAGCGGUAUGUCAGUGCCUACAGACAUCGCCAUCGCCUACCUGAUCCAGGGCAGCUUCUACGGCCACUCCAUUUAUGCUACCAUCUAUAUGGACGCAUGGAGGAAGGACUCUGCUGUCAUGGUGGUGCACCACAUCAUCACGCUGGCACUCAUCAGCUUCUCCUACGCAUUCCGAUACCACAACAUCGGGAUUCUAGUGUUAUUCCUGCACGACAUCAACGACAUCCAGCUGGAGUUCACCAAGCUCAACGUCUACCUGAAGUCCAGAGGAGGAGGCUAUUACCUGCUAAACGACGUGCUGUCCAACUUGGGCUCCGUCAGCUUCAGCAUCACUUGGUUCUGGUUCCGUCUGUACUGGUUCCCCCUCAAAGUCAUGUAUGCCACAUGUGUGUCCAGCCUCCAGUCCGUCCCCCACAUCCCCUUUUACUUCUUCUUCAAUGCGCUUCUCUUCGCCCUGCUUCUCAUGAACAUCUACUGGUUCUUGUUCAUUGUGAUGUUUGUAGUGAAGCUGCUGAAAGUAAAGGAGGUGAACGAUGUUAGGGAGUACGAGGACGAGGACAGCAGGAAAGAACCUUCGGCAGAAAACAGCACUGAUGAUGCUGGACAUCACAACUCUGCACAGGGGAAACACGUGCAGAACGGGAUCACAAAGGAGAAGCAUUUAUAACAGGCCCUCCGUCACCACCACCUGGCACUAGGCUGCUGGUACACGCAAGACAAAGACGCCCUCCUUCAACGUGGAGCAUGUUUUAAAGGAAGAGCAUCGUGAAAGGAAAAUAAAGGGAAACAUCGAGUUAGGGUCCGAUGACUUUUUACUCUCUGUAUUUGUUUUUAGAACAUUUCAAAUCAUCGCUGUCAUUUUGUUUCCAGAUUGGUUUAAUUGGAGCACUGUGAAUGUUAUUUCAGCCGACUUUUUGUCUUACUCUUGUUAACUUUACAUUUGACAGAUUCAGUAGAAACGAGCAGUCUGAAUGAGAGCUGGACUGUGAUUGUCGCGUACAGUUGUGCAGGGCCUAUAGCACCCUGGACAGCACCGCAGCGCCAGGCGAGGAAAGGUUUCGGCCUGUAAAUGGUUCUGUAGACAUUUAGAUAUUUAGUAAUUCCUAAUGAAUCGCUUCCUCUGUCUUACACCUCCGCCCGUCCUCUCUGACCUAUGAUAUGAGGAAGAAGGGCAAAAAA